AUGUUCACCAAGCGUGUUCUCGCCGUUGCUACCAUCGCCACCACGGCUAUUGCAACGAACAAUCUCAAUUUCCUUUACUCAACUUCUUCUUACGACGACAUUCAGGGGGCUGGCAGCGGCUACUCCACCGGAUUCACUAUCAAGGAUACCAGCGGCAACACGCUGUGGAGCGCUUCCGACCCCGACGGCUAUGCUCCCUGCAUGGACAACAGCGAGAAAUUCACCAUGACCUCCGACUGUUGGAGCGGCACCUGGACCUUUGGUUGCGAGUCCAACUUUGCUGGUAACCCCAAGCUGUGUGCUGCUUACGGCCCCGAUGGUACUAAGUACUCAGGCGCGGUCGAUUCCAGCAAGGACUUCAUUGGAAUUAGCUCUGGCUCGUCUGGCACUUGUGGUGGGAGCUUCUAUGCCGCGGACGAGACCUGUACCUCUGGUAGCACUUUCACUGUCACUGGACGUUACCGCGGCAAUUACAAGAGCACCUAA